UCGCUGCAGGGCAACACCCCGGCGUCCCUGGAAGCGGGGAGCCGGGGUGAUGCUGGGGAAGCUGCGCAAAGCUGGGAGCCAGCGCCCAGGGCCUCCGGGGGUUGGGGACAGGGGGAGUGUAUGAAGUCAAACUCUUGAGAGAGCUAAGUUUCCAGAUCUUUUGUGGUCCACGGAGUGUUCGGCAAGGCUUUGGGGGAAGUGUGUCCCAGGGAACUUUCACUGGUGCAGAGCCUGUGAAGCCUGAGUUCUGAGGCCCACCCUCCGCUCUGCCUGGCAUCUGGCGUUCGAGCUCAGACCAAUCAUGGCUGGAAGACCCAUUCGCAUAGGAGACCAGCUGGUUCUGGAGGAAGAUUAUGAUGAGACCUACAUCCCCAGUGAGCAAGAAAUUCUUGAAUUUGCCAAAGAGAUCGGUAUUGAUCCGGUAAAGGAACCUCAGCUGAUGUGGCUGGCACGGGAGGGGAUCGUGGCCCCACUGCCUGUGGAUUGGAAACCGUGCCAGGAUAUCACAGGCGAUAUUUACUAUUUCAACUUCUCCAAUGGGCAGUCCACAUGGGACCACCCCUGUGAUGAGCACUAUCGGAACCUGGUGAUCCAAGAGCGAGGGAAGCUCUCCACUCCUGGGGUCGUUAAGAAGAAAGAAAAGAAAAAGAAAAAGGAAAAGAAAGACAAGAAGGACAAAGAGACCUCCAGAAGCCCCCUGGCCCUGGGCUCCUCGUUAGCCCCCGUCCACGUUUCUCUCGGGGGCCUGGCUCCGUUACGAGGCCUGGUGGAUGCCCCACCCUCUGCUCUUCGUGGAUCUCGAGGUGUGAGCCUGGGGAGCUCGGUGGAGUCUGGUCAGCUCAGGGAACUCUCGCUGCCGUCACAGGGUCUCAAGACAUCUGCUUAUGCAAAGGGGCUCUUGGGCUCCAGCCACGAGGACAAGAAUGCUCUCAGCCUCUUGGCUUUAGGGGAGGAGACCAACGAGGAGGAUGAGGUGGAAAGUGACAACCAGAGUGCGCGCAGCUCAAGUGAGCUUCUCAAGAACCUGCACCUGGACAUUGGGGCGCUGGGGGGUGACUUUGAGUAUGAGGAAUCUCCAAGAACAAGCCAGCCAGAGGAGAAGAAGGACGCUUCUCUUGAUUCAGAUGCUGCCGGCCCCCCUACUCCUGGCAAGCGCUUCAGCCAAGGUGCAGACAGCAGCCUGAGCAGUGCUGAGGGCAAAGAGCGACCAGGAAGAGGGGCUGCUUGGCUCCCAGAAAAAGAAAAGAAUGAGAAGAAUGAGUCUAGGACGUCCAGGAGUCUGGUGGACCCCGGGGGCAAUCAGCCUGCCAAAGCCAAUAAAAAAGAGGCACCAGAGGACCUGGUGGAUGCAGGAGAGAAGGGGUCCAGGAAGGAAGAGACAGCAACGGAGCCAAAGAAGGAGGCUUCUGUCUCCAAAGAGAGCAGAUCAGAGGCAAGUGAAGAUUUGGAGAUUAGUGAACAUGUGAAGGAACUACAGCUCUCAGACUCCACCGCUUCUGACCCCAAGUCCUUCCCUGGCCUGGACUUUGGUGUUCGCAGCCGGGUCUCAGAGCACCUGCUGGAUGCGGACAUGCUCUCCUCGGUACUGGGUGGAGCCCGCUGGGAGGCCCAGAGGUUGGGAAGAGAAGACAAGGAUGCCAGCCAGUCCAGCCGAGAUGAGCUUCAGAGCAAGCAGUCCAGAGGCUCGGAGAGGUUGUCCCCUCCUCUUCUGCAUGGGGAGCGGCUCCAGAGUCCCCUUCACAGCCCAGCCCCUGAAGAAGGGCCUCGGCAGGGGCAGCCUGAGAGGAAGGAGGCGACGGAGGAGCCCGGGGAGGGCUCUGCAGGCAGCCCCGCCCCGCCUGUUGCCCUGCAGAGGGAGGAGGUCCCAAGCCCACCUGCCGCCCACGAGAAGGGCGAGGAGCAGCGCUCCCAGGCCGAGGGGCCGGGCCCUGGGCAGGAGGAGGCCGAGGAGCUUGAGGAGAGGGUGGUGGUCAGCCCCACCCCGCCAGUCUCUCCAGAGGCAGAGAAGAGGAGCUAUGCGGGGAAGGGGUGGAGUUGGUCAGGAGGUGAAGGAGGCAAGAAGGAACAGCGUGACCCAGAGCCUGAAUUGGGGUUUUUGUGGGAAGCAGUGGGCGAGGCAGGGCGAUUUGCGGAGCCUGCGGCUCCCCCUCCUUCCUCUGAGCAGCCCUCAGAGGCCGCACUGAAGGCCAUGGAAGAGGCAGUGGCCCAAGAACUUGAACAAGACCGGAGGCGGCUCCUGGAGUCCAAGCGAGAGAAGAUGCAGCGGCUGCGGGAGAAGCUGUGGCGAGAGGAGGAGGAGGAGGUCCUCCAGCUUCACCAGCAGAAAGAGAAAUCGCUCAGUUCCCUGAAGGAGCAGCUGCAGAGAGCCACUGAGGAAGAGGAGACCCGGAUGAGAGAGCAGGAAAGCCAGAGGCUGUCCCGGCUCCGCGCCCAGGUCCAGUCCAGCAUGGGAGCAGAUGAGGACCAAAUCAGGGCUGAGCAAGAGGCUUCCCUGCAGAGGCUGAGAGAAGAGCUGGAGGCUCUGCAGAAGGCUGAGAGGGCCAGCUUGGAGCAGAGAAACAAGCAGACGCUGGAGCAGCUCAGGGACGAGAUGGAGGCUUUGGAGAAGAGAGAGCAGGCUGCCCUGACAGCGGAGAAGGAGAGGGCGUUACAGCAGCUGAGGGAGCAGCUGGAAGGGGAGAGAAAAGAAGCAGUGGCAGCGCUGGAGAGGGAGCACCAGGAGGAGCUGGAGCGGCUCUCUUCCUCCCUGGUGGCCAAGCACAGAGAGGUGGUCUCCAGCCUCCAGAAGAAGAUAGAGGAGGCUCAACGGAAAGAGGAGGCCCAGCUGCAGGAGAGCCUUGGGCGGGCGGAGCAGAGGGCUCAGAAGGUUCGCCACGUGCUCGAGUACGAGCACGAGCUCAGUGGCCUCCUGAGAGAGAAGCGCCAGGAGGUGGAACGGGAACAUGAGAGGAGGAUGGACAAGAUGAAGGAGGAGCACCAGCACGUGGUGGCCGAGGCCAGACAGCAGUACGAAGCCGAGGAGAGGAAGCAGCGGGCUGAACUCCUGGGGCACCUGAUGGGGGAGCUGGAGCGCCUGCGCAGGGCCCACGAACGGGAGUUGGAGACCGUGAGGCAGGAGCAGGACCGGCAGCUCGAGGACCUGCGGCGGCGGCACCGGGAGCAGGAAAGGAAGCUCCAAGAUUUAGAGGUGGAACUUGAAACCAGAACCAAAGAUGUCAAGGCCAGAUUGGCUCAGCUGGAUAUCCAGGAGGAGGCGGCCCAGAAGGAGAAGCAGCAGCUCCUCGAUGUGCAGAGGCAGGUUGCGCUGGAGAAUGAGAAAGCCACCACCACCCAUCAGCACCUGGAGGAGGCGAAGAAGGAGCACACCCACCUGUUGGAGUCAAACCGGAAGCUCCAAAAAAUUCUUGAUGAGCUUCAGGCCCGCAAGUUGGAGCUGGAGUCCCAGGUGGAUCUGCUACAGACCCAGAGUCAGAGGCUGCAGAAGCACGUCAGUGACCUGGAGGCCGAAGCUCAGAGGAAGCAGCACUUGUUGAAAGAGCCGGCAGUAGAGGAGAGCGGUGCUUCCCCACGUUCCGAGCCAGAUCUCCACAUUGAGGACCUGAGGAAAUCCUUAGGGACAAACCAGCCUAAAGAGGUAGCCUUUUCUCUCCCUGAGAGCAAGGAGGAGACCGACUUGUCCUUGGACGGCGUCCGGCAUUACCUCUCUGCUGAGGGGAUGGCUCUGCGCAGCGCCAAGGAGUUCCUGGUGCAGCAGACACGCUCCAUGCGGAGGCGGCAGACGGCUCUGAAAGCGGCCCAGCAGCACUGGCGCCACGAACUGGCCAGCGCUCAGGAGGCGGCCAGAGACCCCCCAGGCACCAAGGCCCUGGAGGACGUGUGCAAGAACCUGGAGGAGGAGACCAGGCACCUGGAUGAGAUGAGGUCGGCCAUGCGGAAAGGCCACAACCUGCUGAAGAAGAAAGAGGAGAAGCUUCAUCAGCUGGAGUCCUCUCUCCGGGAAGAGGCUUCAGAAGAGGACACGCUCAGAGGCCCCCCCACCAAGAAGGUGACCUUCGACCUCAGCGACCUGGAAGACCCGAGCAGCGACAGUUCCGAAUCCUGGCCCCUGCCUCACAUCGGCCCGACCCUGCAUCCCACCUUUCCCCACAAGAUCCACUACCUGAGCAGCUCCCUGCAGCGGAUCAGCAGCCAGCUCAACGGGGUCCUCAGCGUGCUGGGCAGCCUGAACACCCAGCCACUACCCCCGCUCCUCACCUCCACGCCCGCGCCACUCCCUCCCCGGGCCUCCAGGAGCACCCCCACUGUCCCCUGCCCCCCCUCGGCUCGGGUCUCAGCCUUGUCCUCGGAUACCCCCAUGUCCACCCAGUGGGCCUGGGACCCGGGGCUGGGCCCUAGGCUCUCUUCCUCCGUGGCUCAGACUGUGGACGACUUCCUGGUGGAGAAGUGGCACAAGUAUUUUCCAACUGGCAUCCCGUUCCUCAGCAGCAGCCCUGCCCCGCUGGAGAACAGGCUGGGAUACGUGUCUGCCAGUGAGCAGCUCCGCUGCCUGCAGCGCUCCCAUUCCCAAGUCCCCCAGGUGGGCAGCACCAACUUCCAGGACAUGAUGGAGGCUAACCGAAAGUGGCUGGAACGCUACAGGAGUGACCCCAAGUCACAUCUCUUCUCCUCGGUGCCCAAGCCCACAGCCAGCUCCGGCUUCCUGCAGCUGGGCCUGGAUGAGAACAGCAGACUGAAGGUGUAUCACUACUGAGGCCCGGAGCCAGGCGCCCGCGUGGGGCAGCCUGGCCUCUCCUGCACCAGACCAGGUGCCCGAGGAGCUGCCUGCACUUUAACUCCCUCGGAUAAAGCAUUCUCCUGUCCCCUCUGCUGCUCGCCUCACCCAACUUAGCGGAACCAUAGAGGCCAAGGCUAGAACGACCGGAAACAGUAAGCUGCCCCUGUGACCGCGUGACAUAGCUCAGGCUGCUGUGUGCGGACUUCGGGAAGCUCCUGCGUGGACCUGGCAACACUGCUGUGGGGCAGCAGGGACCGGGGCACCUUAAGGAGAAGGAAGUGGCACUGAAAGAGCUUCCUUCACAGGCCAGGGGACUCCCUUCAGAGCAGAGUUGGUCUCUUGGGGCUGCCGGGCCUGCCUGGGGCUCCCAUGGUCGUGUGUGCAGUCCUUAAUUCAGAACAAAGCCCCCCAGCCUGUCUGUACCCUGGGAACAGGUCUAUCUCUCUAAUACCUCAGCUGUGUAGCCAUCUGACCCUUUUCCUUUUUUUAAAUGUCCCUUUUCUUGAGCGCUCUGUCUCUCCUUUUGACUAUCUCAGGACUAGGCCCAGAGCCCUGGGGGAGGUUGCUGGAGCUUGGCUGCAUGUCUUCCCCCUCCUGGCACUGGGCUAUCCUCAGGAGCCCUCCCUUUCCCUUCCCUGGGGCUCCUCCCCAGACCCAUCCCAGCUUGAUUCUCAGGGCUCAAGCACCCAACUUUCAGGAAGCCAACAAGCCGUAGGACAAGACUGGCAUGGCUUCUGGUCCUCAUCUUGGUUGUCUCUUCCUGGACCACCUUUGGUACAUUCAUGGGUUCUUGUUUCCGUCUGUUCUUUCUAACUGUGCCACCCCCCACCCCAUCCCCAAGCUUGGAGACUUGUUGUGGAGGAGGCGAGGGGCCGGGCCUGGGCCUGGGCCUGGCCUCGGCGGGGAGGGCGCUUGUGCCAGUUGGCGCUGUGUCAGUGACAGCAGCUCCCCCUCCCCUCAGCGGGCUCCUCGGGGGGACUUGCAGGGGAUGUUCUCCGACAUCUGCCCCAUUGUUUACAUAAAACGCCCCCAUUUUUCUUGCCUUGAGAGCUGUGGGGUUGCCCUUGCCUCUCCAAUGCAAAGCAGCCAACUCUACCACCCCACCCCUCGUCUCUGUCAUGGAAUAAGAAACUAAGAUCCAGUUAGCCUGUUUACCCCGCAGAUACGUUUUAGGCUUCGGUCUACCAUGUAGAACAUCCUUUUUGUAUUUGGUUCAUGCUGCGUGCUUUGGGACUAACUCAUGUGUUACAGCUAACUCUGGUGACCGUCUUGUGUUUUCUACAUCAAUUAAAUCUCUUCAGGUCCAUUUGCUA